AUGUUACCAGGCAUUGUUUUGUGGAUCUGUUUUGUGCUGGCAGUAGAAGCAAGGUCACCUCAUGCAGACUUAAUUGAAGAACUCGUCAGGGAUAAUGCAUUCAGUAACCGUAUAUCUGACAAUAUCCUGGAAGAUGCUCUGCUUGACUUGCCUGAUUUGGUGAGAAAAUACAAGUACCCUUUUGAGGAACAUUUCGUGACCACUCCAGACGGAUACAUCUUGGGUCUACAUCGCAUUCCUCAUGGACGAGACUCAAACAAUAAACCAGGGAGGAAACCUGUGGCUUUCUUAAUGCACGGCUUGCUGGUCUCAUCUGCUGAAUAUAUUACAAUGGGUCCUGGUUCUGCUCUAGCGUAUACACUGGCUGAGGAAGGUUUUGACGUCUGGCUAGGCAAUGCUCGUGGAAACUACUUCUCCCGCCAACAUACAACCCUAAACCCUGAUGAUCGCUCAGACCUUACCUAUUGGGAAUUCUCCUGGGAUGAAAUUGGCAAUAUAGACUUACCUACAAUGAUUGACUACGUGUUGGACUUCACUGGAAAGCCUGCAUUGCACUACAUCGGGAUGUCACAGGGUACUACAACGUUCUUUGUGAUGGCUUCCCUUCGACCGGAGUACAACAAAAAAAUAAUCUCAAUGCAAGCUCUGGCACCAGUGGCAUAUAUGGCUCACAACAACAAUAGUUUAUUUUCAGUGUUGACGCCCCAUCUUAGAGAGCUAGAGAUACUAAGCUCAGUGCUCGGAAUAGGUGGACUGUUUCCUAGAAGGGAGAUCUACACGAGACUUGGGAUAAGAUUUUGUUCAGAUGGAGCUGCUACACAGCCAAUUUGCUCCAACUUAAUAUUUUAUUUGACUGGAAGAAAUGAAGAUCAACAUAACGCGACUAUGUUGCCAGUGUUAGCCGGCCAUGCUCCUGCAGGGAUAUCAGUGAGGCAGUUGAUUCAUUUCGGCCAAAGCAUAGUGGACAAAGAGUUUAGACGCUACGAUCAUGGUUUGUUGAGAAACAUUCAAGUAUACGGCAGAACAACGCCGCCUAGCUACGAUUUGUCGCGAAUAUCCGCCCCAGUCUAUUUACACUAUGCUCCCAAUGAUCCAUUGGCUGAACUCGAAGAUGUCUACAGGCUAUAUAAAGAACUGGGAAAUCCAAGAAGAUUCUUAGUGCCUCAUCCGAAGUUCAGUCACGCUGACUUCUUGUUUGCUAGAGACGUCAACACCUUGGUCUACGGCCCGAUGAUACGAUUUAUGAAACUCUACCACUAAGACCGUUGUUUAAAUAAUACAAGGCUGGAAUUAAAAAUAAAAGUAUU